GGGGGGGUAGUCAGGUGACUCGUAUGGGCUGUCCAAGAUGGCGUCUGGUGUGUGGCGCCUGAGAAGCGGAGGUUACCUGUAAGCAGUGACGGGAGGGGAGGUAGCAGGGGGACCCUGUUGCCUGUGCCCAGGAGGGCUCCUCAGCGGGUGUGCUCAGGGUGGGGGCGAUGGUGAUGCUGGGCUGCGCCUCUGGUUCUCUUUAAGGCAGCAGCCUCCCUGGCCAUGGCUCUGAGGGAGCUGAAAGUUUGCUUGCUGGGGGACACUGGUGUAGGCAAAUCAAGUAUUGUGUGGCGAUUUGUAGAAGACAGCUUUGACCCUAACAUCAACCCAACGAUAGGAGCAUCUUUUAUGACAAAGACUGUGCAGUAUCAAAAUGAGUUGCAUAAAUUCCUAAUCUGGGAUACAGCUGGACAGGAACGAUUCCGUGCUUUAGCACCAAUGUACUACCGAGGCUCAGCAGCAGCUAUUAUAGUUUAUGACAUCACAAAAGAGGAAACCUUCUCAACAUUAAAGAACUGGGUGAAAGAACUUCGACAACAUGGACCUCCAAACAUUGUUGUAGCUAUUGCGGGAAAUAAGUGUGACCUUAAUGAUGUAAGAGAAGUCAUGGAAAAAGACGCUAAAGACUAUGCAGAUUCCAUCCAUGCCAUAUUUGUAGAGACCAGUGCUAAAAAUGCAAUUAACAUAAAUGAACUCUUUAUAGAAAUUAGUCGUAGAAUUCCAUCAACUGACACCAACCCCCCAUCUAGCGGUAAGGGCUUCAAACUUAGAAGACAGCCUUCAGUGACAAAACGCAGCUGUUGUUGACUGAUACUUUAGAAAAUCAGACUUGUUUUGAAAGUAGGUGGUCUUGGAAGCUAAUAGUUUAUGUUGGGUAUAUAUUAUUGGUCUUAGAACUUAUCUGCCUGAUGUUCAUACUUCAAGGUCCCACAAAAAUGGACCAGCUCAUCUGACAUCUGUAUGCUCACAGAAGAGACUGCAGUCAUGAUAAUGUCAGCCUGUUUACUUACAACAUAUAUAGUGUCUCUUGUAUUCAAAGGGAAUCCAUCAUCAGUUCUUUGGCCUUGCGUGAAAGGAAUGUUGACAUAUGGAUGGUAGGACUGAAAUGUUUAAUAGUUUUGUAAUCAACAUUAUAUGUAAUGUUUUUUGUAAAAGGGAAAUGAGCACUUUUGUGAUCCAGAGGGAUGAGGAAGGGGGAAGAAACAGCCCUGUUGAAAUAGUGACUUUAAUUUUAAGGCUAUUCUGCUACCCUUUCAAUUGUUAUAAUGAGCAUUAUUUUAAAUAUAAUUGUAGCUAAUCCAAAGUACAGUGAGGCAAUUGGUUGUAGAUGGCUACAAAAUAAGUUACUGAUAAAAAUGAGCAAAUCAGCCCAGCCAGUCCCCAGAUCCCACUUGCACUUUUUAUUUAAAGGUAUUAUGAACAAACAAGCAAUGAAUUUUAAACCAUAGACAAUCUUACCUUUUCAUGCUGGCUUAAUCAUUUAAAGGCAAACUGAUACAUUUAUAAGCACCUAUUUGUUUUUAGUAAGCAUUUUUACUAUUAAAGAUGGUGGUCGAAGAGAACCUAGCUAAAACUCUUUCUAAAUUUAAACUUGAGCAUGACUGACUGACAACAGGUGCCGUCAAUAGUUCUAGUAAGACUUUAAUAUUUUGAGGGAAAGCUCUUUAUUGCUUUGCAUGUGUAAAGUGUUUGUACUAUAUUUAUGAGACCAAUGCCUAAAGUAUUAUAAAUUAUGUAAAAGCAGUUGAGAAAUCAGCUUUCUUCAGUCUUUCCAUUCCUCACCCAUUGAUAGAAUCUCUGGGGAUCUCCAACAAUUCUGUCCCUGCUUGUGAGGUCUUACAUUGCAAUCAGUGACCUCUUCCAGAAGAAGGUUGGCUGAUGCUCCCCUCCUAUCACAUCUGCAUUUCUGCUUGAAAUGUUUGGUAGAUGUCGCUGUUGGUGAAGCAUGUGGCUUGUCCAUUGAGCAGAUCACCUCUGCAGUGCACCCAAUCCUUGCUGGCUGAGGCACAAAAACACAAACAGGAAACCAAAUCCAAGUCACGUAUGGUAGCGUAGAUCGUUACCUCUUGGUUCCUGGGUCUAGACCAAAUAACUUUUUAAUUACUUGGCAUUUUUUUUAAGCAAAUCAGCUUUUAGCUUAUGUUGUAUUGUUUUUCUUACAUUUUAUAUUAAACUAUAAAUUGACCGUAUCCUAUUACGCUAUUUUCAUUAUUUAUUUUUAGUUUCCUCCAGAGCUAGUGGAGAACGUCUUAUUUUUAAAGAAAGAGCCUAAUAAAGUAUUUUCAAUAUUUGAGUUUAAGUUUUGAUAUUGAAGUUAAAGCCAUGUCUGUGAUAUUUGUUCCUGAUUUGUAAUUUGGCAUUCUACAAUCUUAAGUAUUUUAGCUGAAGGAAAUUUCAAAGAAUAAGUAGGAAAUGAAACCGCUUAUAUUUCAGAUUAAAUCAUAUUCAGAAUCCUUGUUUCAAAGCUAUCCUCAAGCAAACUAUUUCACUAUUAUAGUAACUUGGUGUGAUAGAAAGCAUAUUCUGAAUGGGGUUAAUAGGCUUUAAUGAAAUGUUGGGGUUAAAACUUCUUAAGACCAAGAUUUCAAAAUGUGGCCUCUAUCUGUGGGUAUGCAGUCCUUUGAGCGUGCACUUCCAUUUGCUGCAGUAGCAUACACAUGCUCAAACUUCCUGCAUGUGCAGAUGGGUUACGAGCAUAUGAAGUCUAUUGUGUGUGCCCAAAAAGUUGCAUGCACAUAAAUGGAGGCUGGUUUGAAGCCCCUAUGAAAAAAAUUGCCCUAACAAAGAAUCUUACAAUAAAGACAGAAUAAUUAUGUAUUGGUGUGCAGCAUGGUUCAGCCUAAAAUAUAUAAUAAUAUGAUUGAAAUCUUUGGGUGGUAUUUGAAGCAAUAGAUUAUAAGCAUAAAGUUUUGUAAAAGCUAUGAUAGUGUUCUAUCAAAGCAGGCUAGCAACUGACCACUUAAUUAUAUAUAGUUACUCAAAGCCCUUGCACAAUGGCAAUCAUUGAAUGCCAAACUUGUUUGAAAGUCUUGCUCUGUCUUCAGUUAACCAACUGGCAGGGUUCUAAUAAAUAACAGACUGGGAUGUGGUUAUCCACUUAAUGAAGAUAGAUUAAAAAAUUUCGAUUUCAAAGCUAGUCCAAAAAAGAUGUCAAGCAGUAUACUCAUCUGGCACUUCAGUAUGCUUUUGUAGCAGAGUUCCCUUUCAGGAUAACACAAAAUAUAUUUCUCUUUAGGGUUGGGAGUUGUUAACUUGGAAGCAUCAGCUCACCAUUUUGUAAUGCUAAUGCUGGUUUUGUGAUCUUGUAUUAUCACUGUAACCCCACACUGAAAAUAUUUUGUACCCUUCGAUUACAAAUAAUUGCUUUUUGUUCCAGCUUCUUAUCUAAAGAUAAGAUUCAGUAUAUACUUAUAGUAGGUUCUGUCAAGCUGCUACUACACACCAUAUUUUGUUAUCCUAUGGUUGCAUGGUGUCACGGUUCUACCUGUAAGCUGUUGAUGUUGGCAGUGCUUCAGAAGUCUCCUUCCCCAUUCCACACCAAGGCAUUAGGUACCUUUACUAUCUUUAAUAUAAUAUGUUCACCUGCCUUGGAUUUCUUCAGGCUUGUUAAUGGUGUUUGAGCAUAAGAAUUUUAUUGUACACCUCUACCUUGAUAUAACGCUGUCCUCAGGAGUCAAAAAAUCUUACCGCGUUAUAUUGAACAUGCUUUGAUUCACCGGAGUGCGCAGUCCUGCCCCUCCCCCGGAGCACUGCUUUACCGCGUUCUAUCCGAAUUUGUGUUGGAUCGGGUCGCGUUAUAUCGAGGUAGCGGUGUAAAUCUGACAAGUGUCCAGACAUUGAACAGCAUAUUAAAAAAACAAAUAUCUGUGAAAGAUCAAUAACCUCUCUCAUGCAGAAGAUCCGUUCAGGGACCUGCAAACAGAUUCACACCCUCUAAAUUAUCACUUCAGUGUCCUUGCACAUAAAAGUAUAGGUUUAAACUCCAUUAUCUCCUCUCUGAGAAUAACUGGCUUAACUACACCUAUAAAAUAUGCAUUACUUGAAAAGAAGAUAUUUGACUAUAGAAUUGUAGUAAUCGUCUUACAAUAGACUCCCCAAUCAGGAUCCAAUGACGCCAUAUAGCCAUAUCUCUUCUUAGCAAAUCUUUAAAAACUUGAGAAAUGUCCAAGGAAAAGCCCCUCUUUUUGGCCAGCGUUUGUUUUUUUCCAAAUAAAGUUUGGCAUAUGGUAAAUUUGAUCAUUGGCAAGAUAGACUAAGAUUUAUACAUCAUCUUCUCUAACAAGCCAGUCCUAUAUCCUUCCUCCUCUGACUAAAUCUUGAUGCCUCGUAACUCUUCUUCCUUUUACUUUUUUAAAUCUACACAAGUGAAAUUUCUCUAUAGCUCUACCCGCUUGAAUGAGAUAUCAGUGUAGGUUUUUUUCCCUUUGUGCAAUUAAGUCUUCUGAUUCUGAAUCACCCACUGUUAGACUUAACUUGACCAUUUCCAUGCCUUCAUUAUCAGAUUAUCUAAAAAUAGUUUCAUAAACAUUAGCUGCCACAAAGUGUCUUGCUAGUAUCAUGCCUGUUUAAAAUGUGUCAGAAUGCUGAGAGCUAAAUUCUUUUGAUCCCAGAUCCCAACUUGAUUGUUCACUUGAAAUUAUCUGGAAGCUGAAAUAUAGUUACAUGAGUAAACAUCUCCCUGGAUCAGAGACAUCCAUGUAGUUGAGUGUUUGGCUUGGUGCGGUUUCAUCUCUGGCAGAGCUACGUAGCUUUCCUGCAAAUUCUACUGUAUCAGUGCAUCUCAUCAAGCCAUCAGCCUUCAGGCUUGUCUACAGUUAAAUUUAUAGCACUCUAACUUGCUGGCUCAGGGGUGUGGAAAAAUCACCCCCCUGAGCGCAGCAAGUUUGAGCGCUUUAAAGCGCUAGUGUGGACAGGCUCCGAGCGCUGGGAGAGCUCUCUCCCAGCACUCGCACAUGACCACAUUCACACUUCAAAGUGCUGCCGUGGGAGCACUCCCACGGCAGCGCUUUGAAGUUUCUAGUGUAGAUGUAGCCUUCAUAUGUGCUGCACAGUGUUCAGCUGAAGUUACUUACAUUUUUUGUCCCUAAAUAACUUUUAAGUCUGUUCUUUCGGAGGUACUGAGCAUCACUGGUUCUAGUUGACUUUCUAAAAACACUCUCUUCUCUGAAGUAGGAGCUCAGAAGCUCAGCACUUCUAAGGUCUCAACUUUUUAAAUGACUGAAAUGCACUCUUGAAAAUUUAGCCUCUGAUAUUCUCAAAGGGAAUGGAUUUUUUUGAGGUAUGAUUUGAGUAAUGGAUGAAAGUAACAUUAUCCUCUCUGUAGCACACGCAUGUCUUUCAGUAAUGAUCCUAUGCAUCUUUUCGAAACUGACAAAGUGGAAACAUUUCAGCUCUUUCUUCAGACUGUGGACAAGACUUAGUUGUUUUUCAAAUGAAGUGCAAAAGUGUAGCAACUAUUGGCUGAUGUGUCUAAGAUCAAGCUGGGAGCUUGAUAAGCAUGCUUCUAAAUUUUGGGGGGGCAAAAUCCCACAAAACUACAAUGAAUUGAACUCUUUAGUCCCAAAUAUGUGCUUAGAAACUGCUUCUCUGAUGUAUGUGGCUUUACAGUACCAUGUUUUUGUGCACCUGCUGAGAUCCUCCUACUAAGCCUCUAAAUGGACAUGCUCUGCUAGUGUACUUACUUUAACAAAAGGCAGAAACAUUCCUGUUUUUUUUUUUUUCUAGAGGCAAAAUUAUUGAAAAUCCUCUGGAAGCUAGGAAUCGGAGUUCUCUUGGGAGUUAACAGUUUUUGCUACCAAGAAGUUUAAAAUUCUUGAGCUAUUUGUUGAAGCUUAUUAGAGAAACCACAUCUUGUAUUAAUAGUUUAUUUAUUUGUUUUGCCUAUCUUUAAACUUUAAAUUGAUGCAGCCCUUAACUUCCAGUGAAAUCAGUAGUAUUUUUUGCUUGAAGUGCUACAGGGUCUGGUCCUUAAUGUUUUUGAUGGGGGCAUUCUCUGCAAAAUAAACCCUUUAUGUGACUAUAUGUAAUACGAAUAUAACAUUCCUACAAGCACAUGUGAUGGGAGUGUUUCUCCUCCUUUAAGAUGGUGUAGUUGGAAAAUAUGAUGAUCACUAUAGUGUUCUGGAAACAUCAUUCUUUAAAUUGAUCAGGAGACUGGGCAUUCAUUGUUCACUGGCCAGUUCUCAUCAGGGAGCCAUCUCCUUCGUAGAUAGUAAAGCCUUCAAUUUAGUUGCUGAAAAUAAAAUCAUUCAAGGUGAAUAUCUUGCAUGAUUUAAAAGCUAGCCUCGACAGGCUCUUCAUGAAGAUGUUAAAUCUAAACUAUUCCGUAUUUAAUAUUACUGGAGACAAAAAAGAAGAUUUAUCAGUGAUGUUUGGAUGACUUCUCUCCUUGUGGAAGUGUCUCUAGUAUUUAUUGAGAAUGAGGUUUUAUAUUUUUGGUGUGUUGACUACUUUGGGAAUUGCAGAUUUACAGGAGAUGCUGUCUGAACUCCAUCGCCUGUCACUCCUCCUUUAGUGAGCCUUGCUUAUAAAUAGCAAUAACUAAAUAAAAGUAAAAAUUCAAAGCAAAUUUUUUUUAAAGGGCAAGAAUUUGGAUUAUUCAAAGACCUACUGUUACUAGCACCAUCCCAGACCACAUCUUAUUUGUUCAAAUAAUUUCAGGUUAAACCACGAGGAGUCCUUGUGGCACCUUAGAGACUAACAAAUUUACUUGGGCAAAAGCUUUUGUGGGCUAAAACCCACUUCAUCAGCUGCAUGGAGUGAAAAAUACGGUAAGCAGUAUUAUAUAUGAAAAGAUGGGAGUUGCCUUACCAAGUGUGUGUGGGGGGAAAUCAGUGCUAAGGAGACCAAUUCAAUUAGGGUUGAAGUGGCCUAUUCUCCACAGCUGAUUACUUUUGUAGUGCUAAUGAGGCAAUGCAAUCAUGGUGGACGUGGCCCACCUCCAACAGUUGACUAGAAGGUGAGAGUAUCAGCAAAGGGAAAAUUUACUUUUUGUAGUGACCCAUCCACUCCCAGUUACUCACUUGAGGAUCCUGGAAGCUUCCAAAAAUUGAUCAAGUUUAUUAGUCAUCCCAACACCACAGAGAUAAGAACUAAAUGUCUAGAUUGAUUUUUGCACUCUUCUAGUAGUCUGAGUUCACAAAUAAUAUUCUCUUCAUGCAUUCUUAUGGAGCUACAGUCAGUCACUUAAUAGAAGAACCAUGUGUCCAGAACCAAACUACGUAAAAGAUGACUAUAAAAUUCUACAAAGAAAACUGACAAGAUGAAUGUUCAUUUUACAUUCCCAGCUGUACGUUUUAUUAGACAACAAAAAACUUGUUGCGUGUAGAAAUGAGAUGUUGGCAUGUGGAUGUUUGAGGCAAAAAUAAAAUAUGGCUUCUAGGAUAAAAGAUCUAUAAGCUGUCAGUUCUUUCUGGCCAAAGAAUGUGACAGCAGAUGCCUUGUCAAGUGGCUCCAACUUGUGGGAGGAAGCAAGUUUGAAACAACGUUUUUCGGUUUCUUGUGUAAGAAUCCAUGUGCCAAAUCGUACUGGCCUAUAAUUUCAGAAAAAUGCCUUCUGAUUCUCUGGAGCGUUGAGAAAUAAAUGCAGAUCUUCUUCCUGGUAAUACAGCUGGAACCAAAGAUGCCGAACUUGGUUAUACAUUUUUGACCUUCCUGAAGUUUAUCCAGGCAGUGUCAUAGAAAGGAAAUCCUGUAGAGGGUGUUCGGAAGAAAACUUCUAGAUAGAUUUGAAGCCAGAGUCUAUCUUAACCUGAAAUCCUUACUGGCAGCAGAAGUUUUUCUGAGACCCUAACUGAUGGUCCCAUACUGUAAUGUACAUUGUAGGGCUGUACCUCCUGGGUUUGACUGUGGUUUAGGGCCAGAUUUUCAAGAGAUCAAUGUAGGUGCCUAAAUGAAGUGGGCAGAUUUUUCAAAAAUUCUCCAUCUGACAACAAUAACAGUUGCUAAAUGCUGAAGGCUUCUGGAAAUCUUGCUCGUAAUGUUGACAACCUUUAGUGUGAGCAUAACUAUUUAAAAUUGGAUCAAAUUUUUAAGACUGAUGGUUGGCUUUUUCUUUUCACUUCCACUGGUAGUGAUCCAGUGGAAAUAGGGGAGGUGACAUGAGUGGCUGCCAUGUGCCCCUCUUCCUCACCUGCGGGUUUCUCUACAUGAGGCGUAUGAUCUAACCUCUAAAGAUUACAACAGAAUUUGUUGAAACUACUCUAAUUCCAGGACACUUACAAGAUUUGGCAUUCUUCCAAAAGGAACAAUUGUUGACUUUCCCCUUAUGUUAUCUAAGAAUUUGGGGUUGGCCAUAUUAUAAUCCCCAAAAUUGGUCUUCACUUUUGUGGUAAAGAAAUCCAUUACCUCUGAAUCUAUUCAAAGGUAUUUUUAUUUUGUCUUUAGAUGUGAUUUAAUUUUUCUUUGCUUCAUUCCUGUUACCCUUCUUUGCAUAGGUACUGUAAUUUUUCAGAUGUUGGAAAAUAAGCCACUCUUCUCUCUAGCCUUACUUUUCCUUUCUAGUAAUUCCAUCCAGUUAUUGCUCUUGAACAUAUUUUAACCCUUUACUUGAGUAGUCAGUGAAGAUGGGUUCACUUCUACUUUCGUGUCUUGUUUUGUUACUCGGUUAUUAUUUGUAUUUUCCAUGAAGCUAUACUGUACCUUAAACCUAUUAUGUUUUCUUGACAUCUUGCACUAUGCUGCAAGGGAUUCAGGUUGUAAGGGGUGACAGAUCUUUUUCUUCUUCUUGAAGCAUCUGCCAUAGCAGCAAAUAUUUGUAAACAAAAUGGUAAUUCAUUAGUACUGCCUUGCAAAACUGCUGUGAAAACAUAGCAGCCAAGACACAUACAUCUACAUCCUCCUGGGAUGAUGUAGGAAGUGUUACUCCUUUGCCAAAAACAUUACUCACCUAGGAUGGGCAAAGUUUUGCAAGACUUUGUUAAUAAGACUUACAAAUGAUUAACUUUAGUAUUCUUGAAUACAGGGUAAUGAGGCUGACAGAUACUGUGUGUGUGGCACACCGUGUGCUCAUGGAGUACAGUGAUGGAAACGGUACAAAGACCUAUAUAGAAUGUGUAUAAUACAUUGUCAAAUGUGUUUUAUUCUUCUUCAGGAUGAAGAAAUCAUUCCACAUGUCUUAAGGGGUUUUUUUUUUUAGUUUAAAUAAAAAAGGAAAGCAUUUAAAUUCCUGUGAUUAGGGCACAAAAGUAAAAAAUCUUGAUUAAGCAUAUAAUUCUUGCAGUAUAAGUGUUUUGUCUAUAAACAUUAAUUUUUCCCAUUUAUCUUUGUACCAGCAAUUCUGGUCCUUCUUAAGAAUGUUCUGCCUUUAAAAACUAUGUUGGGGGUUAACCUGGUGUAAGGGUUAAAAGGUCUGUGCCUUCUUACUUAACAUCCAUUACUAAAACAAAAUAUAAGCUCAAAGUUACAAAAGCAUUUGUAGUACUGUAAAGUGCACAAAUUUACAACCAUUGCUUCACUGCAUGAAAUAUAGUCUGAUUACUAGUGAUGAAAUAUUGUAAGAAUGAAUUGCCAAGCUUAUGAAUGUUUUGAGACUUGAUUUUUUUUUUAUGGUCUUCUCUUGGGCUGGUCCUGAGAGUGUACACAGUAAGUCUGUAUUGUUGGUUUGUAGAUGCUAAUGAAGAAAGCUAGACUUCUGAUCUCUCUUUUUAAUUUGUAUUGUUAUAGUACGUACUCUGCAAAUGAGUUGGCAUAUUGUAAACUGCUUUGUUUCAGCUUAAUCAUUCAUAAUAAACUUUUAUAAUAACAUGCAAAAUCACUACCAAUGUGAUGUAUUGUGCAAAAAAGGUGUAAACAUUUUAUUAAUAAAAUGUUUUUAUAAAUGUG